AUGGCGGAUGAAAUGAAUGGGGCUCAGCUCAUAGCCGGGGAGAGGCUGGUGACUUGGCUGGAGAGCAGCAUGGAGAGAUUGCUCCUGAUUGACAGCCGUCCCUUUGUGGAAUACAACAUGUCCCACAUCUUGGAGGCCAUCAACAUCAACUGCUCCAAACUCAUGAAGCGCAGGUUGCAGCAGGAUAAGGUGCUGAUCACCGAACUAAUCCAGCAUUCAGCAAAGCAGAAGGUUGAAAUCGACGGCAAACAGGAAGUUGUGGUGUAUGAUCAAAGCUCAGCAGAUCUGGCUACUGUCCCUUCCGAUUCCUUCCUGAGUCUCCUGUUGAGAAAAUUGGAGAAAAACUUCAGCUCUGUUCACUUGCUUGCAGGUGGAUUUGCCGAAUUUUCCAACUGUUUCCCGGGCCUUUGCGAAGGAAAAUCUAUCCUGGUGCCUUCUUGUAUUUCUCAGCCUUGCUUACCGGUUUCCAACACGGGGCCCACCCGGAUCCUCCCCCACCUUUAUCUGGGGUGCCAGAGAGAUGUCCUCAACAAGGAGCUAAUGCAACAGAAUGAGAUUGGCUACGUAUUAAACGCCAGCAACACGUGUCCCAAACCCGACUUCAUCCCAGAAUCCCACUUCUUAAGGGUGCCGGUGAACGACAGCUUCUGCGAGAAAAUCUUUCCGUGGCUGGACAAGUCCGUGGACUUCAUAGAAAAAGCAAAAGCUUCGAACGGUUGUGUCCUAGUCCACUGUUUAGCUGGAAUAUCCCGCUCAGCCACAAUUGCCAUUGCCUAUAUAAUGAAAAGGAUGGAUAUGUCCUUAGAUGAGGCCUACAGGUUUGUGAAGGAGAAGAGGCCCACCAUUUCUCCGAACUUCAACUUCCUCGGUCAACUUCUGGACUUUGAAAAGAAGAUCCAGAGCCAGGGGGGCAGCAGUGGACUCGUUAGCAAGCUCAAGCUUUUGCAUUUGGAAAACGGCAGCAACCACGGAGCAGGCGGUGGGCCCCCCACCAUCCUGCGGGCCUCUUCUCUGCUGGGUGCUUCCUCUACCUCAGAGAACGUGGAGCAGAACCCCCCACAGCCGGGAAACCCACCGGCUCCCCCCUCUCUGCCCCCUGGAGAGGGCAGCCCCUCGGUGCAAGGCAGAACUGGAUUAAACGUCCCCUCCGAUAAAGUGGAAGACAGCAACCGAUUGAAGCGCUCCUUCUCCUUGGAUAUCAAGUCUGUCUCUUGCGCCAGCAGCAGCAGCAGUGCCUGCCUGACCGCUUCGGGACCAGGAUGCCCCUCCCUGGACGGGGACGUGCUGGAGUACUACAAGCAUUCGGCCACUUUGGAAGCGGGCAGCAAACUGUGCCAGUUCUCUCCGGUCCAGGAGGUUUCGGAACAGACGCCCGAGGGUAGUCCGGGCAAGGAGCAGGCCAAACUGCCGGAGAAGCCCCAGCAGGGCUGGCAGCUGGACAGCCAGGGCAAGCGGCAGCAUUUGGGCAGGACGGCCUGUCCCGCUCAGCGGUCGUCCUUGUACCCGCUGCAUCGAAGCGGCAGCAUGGAAGACAACUACAGAACCAACUUCCUCUUUGGCCUUUCCACCAGCCAGCAGCACCUGGCCAAGUCUGCCGCCGGGCUGGGUCUGAAAGGCUGGCAUUCGGACAUCUUAUCCCCUCCAACCUCCGCGGCGUCCCUGACCGGCAGCUGGUAUUUCACUGCCGACCCCUCCCAUAUUUAUUCCGCUUCCGCCAUAUACGGGGGCAGCCCCGCUUACUCGGCCUUCAGCUGCAGCCAGCUGCCCACGGGGUGCGAGCAGGCGUACGGCGUGCGGAGGAGAGAGAAGCACGGGGAGCGGGGCGACUCCCGGCGCAGCUGGCACGAGGAGAGCUCUUUCGAGAAGCAGUUCAAGCGGCGGAGUUGCCAGAUGGAAUUUGGGGAGAGUAUCAUGUCAGAGAACAGGUCCCGGGAAGAGCUGGGCAAAAUGGGCAGCCAGUCCAGCUUUUCGGGCAGCAUGGAGAUUAUUGAAGUAUCUUGACUCUCUUCGACGAUUUCUCCCCCCCCCUCUCAUUCCUUCUGUCCCAAUUUUUCUAUAAAACAAUUCCCUGUAAAUCUGAAAUUUCAGAAUACUGUUCGGCUUCAGUAUGGACGAAAUUAAGAAAAUCGGUGGUGCGUGCGGUGCGUGCGUGUGGCUUUGUGCGUGCGCGUGCACACACACAGGCCCAUGAGUGUAUUCGAGAGAGAUUAAAUGGUAAGUUUAAUUUUUGCAACAGACAAUCAGCUCUUUUCUUGCCUUGCGUGUUCUCGUCACCUGAAGGCAAAA